GAGGGGGAGGAGGACGGGCUCUGUAACUCAGCCCCAGCUCUUGCCAGGCUCCACGUUCUGCUUUGGGGCUUGCAGGAAGGACAGACACCAUCAUCCUCUCGGGAUGUGAAUGAAGGAGCAGACUUUGGGCUGCCAAGUCAGGAAGGGGUAUUUAGGCUCUGGAGCAAAUGAAGAGACAAUUCCUCUUCACCAUCGACUGUUCUGGGGAGGAUUUUCCAGCAUGAGGCAGCAAGGAGGGGAAAGGAAGGAGCAUGAAGAGCCCGAGGAAGCUGGGAAGAGCCCAGGGGCUGGAGCAGCACACGGAGGGUGGGCUUGGGCAGUGGUGCUUCACUUCUUCCUGGUCAACGUCCUGGUGAUGGGGAUGCUCAAGACCUUUGGGAUUUUCUUUGUGGCUUUCCAAGAGGAGGUGGGGGGCUCCUCUGAGCAGGUCAGCUGGAUUGGCUCCAUCAUGUCCUCCCUGCGCUUCCUAGGAGCCCCGCUCGUGGCCGUCGUGUGCCGGGGGCUGGGGGAACGUCCCACCUCCCUCCUCGGGGCCGGGCUGGUGGCCGGGGGGUGCCUGGUCAGCACCCAGGCCACCAGUGUCCCCUUCCUCUGCGUCUCCAUGGGACUCCUCCUGGGGCUGGGCUUCUCCUGCCUGUACCAGGCGGCCGCAGUGAUGACGGCCAAGCGCUGCCGGGCACGGUUGGGCUUUUCCAACGCCCUGGCCCGUUCUGGGAUGGGGCUCACCUUCCUCAUGGCACCAUUCACCCAGCUCCUCCUCGACUUCUAUGGCUGGCAAGGAACUCUCCUGAUUUUUGGAGGCAUCAUGUUGAACCUGGUGCCUUCCAGCCUGUUGCUGAGACCCAUCAGCACCCGACACUCCUCUGCCAGAAACCAAGACUGUGAGUCACCAAUGGCACAGAAGGACCCAGAAACUCCUGAUGGACGUUUAGAUGGAACCACUGACAGGGAAUUACACCCUCACAAGGCACAGGAGCUUCCCACCACAGAGAGACUCCUGAUGCCCCACGGCAAAGAUGUCUCUGAUCCCACAAAUCCAUCUGCUUUGGGAAAGCUGGAGAAACCCACCCCAGACAGAUCCUCACCAGAAACGGCCACAGGGGCCAAGAGAAGCAACAAACCCCUUUCAGCAAACAAAACAGAAACUUCUCAGCCUCUCCUGGACUUGUCCCCCCUGAAGGAUCCCGUUUUCUUCAUCUUCACGUGGUCUUUUUUGUUCAGCCACUUGGCCUAUUUCGUGCCCUUCUUUCACCUGGUGGCAAGAGCCAGGACCCUGGGAAUGAGCAGCAUGGAUGGCUCCUACCUCAUCUCAGUGGCUGGCAUCACGGAGAUGCUGAGCCAGCUGCUCUCGGGCUGGGUGGCCGACCAGAACUGGACCAAGAAGUACCAUUUCCACGUGACUUACCUGGUCCUGAGCGGGAUCACAAACCUCCUGGGGCCCCUGGCCACGACAUUCCCGCUGCUCCUCACCUACACCGUGGCCUUCUCCGUGUCCUGUGGAGGGUUCAUGGCUCUGGUGCUCCCGGUGCUGGUGAGUCGGGGGGGUCGGUGCCAAACGUCAACGCAGAGGAAAUCCCGGAGCUUUAACCCCAGCCUUGUCUCCUCAGGUUGGCUCUACGACUACACCCAGACCUACGUGUGCUCCUUCCUCUUUGCCGGGGCCUGUGCCCUCCUCUCCCCCCUGUCCUUCUGCUUGGAGCCCUGGGCACAGAAACGGAAGCUCAAAGGAGCCCGUGUGAACCCCAACCCCAGGGCUGGCUGAAGGGGGAGAGGCUGGGCUGGAGCUGUACCCACAAGGGCAAAGCCAUGGCCAGCACGGCCCAGCUGUCCCGGGAAUACCGACCCCAGCAACAGUGGAAACGGGAAUUUCAGAGGAGAAAUUCAGUUUGAAUAUCUGGAUAUUCCUCCUGAUUAGACUCUGGGGUUAUAUCUGGAUAUUUCUCCCAAUUACCUUCACUUUGUGUAUCUGGAUAUUGCUCUUGAUUAGAUUUAUUUUGGGUAUCUGGAUAUUGCUCCUGAUUAGAUUCAGUCUGGAUAUCUGGAUAUUGCUCCUGAUUAGAUUAUGGUUUUGUAUCUAGAUAUUUCUCCUGAUUAGAUUCAGUCUGGAUAUCUAUCUGGAUAUUGCUCCUGAUUAGAUUAUGGUUUUUUAUCUGGAUAUUGCUCCUGAUUAGAUUUAUUUUGGAUAUCUAGAUAUUGCUCCUGAUUAGAUUUAUUUUGGAUAUCUGGAUAUUGCUCCUGAUUAGAUUAUGGUUAUGUAUCUGGAUAUUUCCCCUGACUAGAUUCAGUCUGGAUACCUGGAUAUUUCUCCUCAUUAAAGCCACCUGAGAGAU